GGUUGAUUGAGGAGCUAAAAGCUUCUGAAACCAAACUCCUUCAUUCUUAUCGAGAAGAAACGCCGUCCUUACCUCUGGCGCCAACUUCACACCAAGUAAACCCAGAGAGGUCAUACUCAUACACCGCCUCAUCAGCGUCCAUUGUCGUCAGGAACGCACCAUCCCCUCCAAAAAAGCUCGCCUCAAUCCAGCAACAUGGCCGGCAACGAUGUAGAAAUGUCGCACAAUGAGAUGUGGGAUGACUCUGCGCUGAUAGAAUCAUGGAACGAGGCCCUGGACGAGUACAAAAAGUAUCACAGCAUCCACGCAAAGGGAGGAAAGCUCAAGGACCUUGAUCUUCAGGAGAAGACGGAAGAAACCCAGACCGUCGACGACGCGCAAACGCAGGCCGUCGAUCAGCCAGAGAUCGCGGAUGAUGCUGCAGAGGGAACCGACAAAACAAAGGGGUUGAGCAGCGCGGAUGUCCAGGACCAGGCAGAUUCAACAAGUGCGCCGCCUAUGGCAAAGGCUAAUGGCCCCCCAGGGCCUGUGACAAUGGGCCCACAGAGUCUUCUCGGAUCAGUGCAAGAUGAGGGCUUGAAGAGACUUUUGAUGUCGUGGUACUAUGCCGGCUACUACACGGGAUUGUACGAAGGCCAGCAACAGCAACAGCAGCAGCAAUAGUAGGGAUUAGACAGAUGUCAAAGUAGAUACCGCGAGCCAAUCGAUACCAGCGAGAGAGCCGCUGCAAGUGCGACAACGAGGCUGAGCGGACCCCUUGAGCCUGGCCGCCUGGGACACGCCAAAUGCAAGGUUGUGUGGGGAAUGGGG